AUGGCAUCGGCGGUGGCCGCUUCGACCGCCACGCGGUUCCUCCCGCGGCUCCCGGACCCUUGGUGGCCGCGCCGUGCGCGCGCGGCGCUUCCGCCGCUCACGUGGCGGCCUCCCGCGGUCACGGUGGUCGCCGCAUCGUCCCGCCCUGGGGAACCGGAAGGUGGGCGGCUGGGGAGGACGCGGAGGCGGCGCUCCAGGGGGGUGGAACAGGAGGAAGGCGUCUCGCUAAGCUCUGAAAAGGAGUCGAUAAAUUCUACUCCACGUGCUCAAACCAUCAAGGGUGCGGAGCCCGUACUGGUUUCCAGCACGAACAGGAAAGGUGCCAUUAGAAGGGUGACACUGGUGGUUCUCGCUGCGGUGGUUUUUGGAGUUAGCAUUGCGUUGAGGGAUGGGGCUGAGAAGGCAUCGGAGUAUUUUUCUGGGUAUUUAUUGGAACAGAGUUUGUCGGUGGACAAUCUCUUUGUUUUUGUUCUGGUCUUUAAGUAUUUCAAAGUGCCAAAUGAAUACCAGAAUCGAGUACUUUCUUAUGGUAUUGCUGGAGCUGUGAUCUUCCGGGCUGUGAUGAUCAUCUUAGGAACAGCUACCAUCCAGAAAUUUGAGGCAGUGAACUUGCUGUUGGCUUUGAUCCUGUUAUUCACUUCUUACAAGCUAUUUGCUAAAGAAGAAGAAGAAUCUGAUCUAUCCGACAACUUCAUUGUGAAAACAUGCCAAAAGUUCAUUCCAGUCACUGAUUAUUAUGAUGAUGAUCAGUUUUUCAUAUUUCAAGAUGGUUUAUGGAAAGCUACACCAUUACUCUUGACUUUGGCAGUGAUUGAGCUGAGUGAUAUUGCUUUUGCCAUUGACUCAGUACCAGCAGUUUUUGGCGUCACAAGGGAUCCACUUAUAAUACUAUCAUCAAAUAUUUUUGCUAUUGCUGGUUUGCGGUCGCUUUAUGUGCUCAUUUCUGAAAGCAUGGGUGAAUUGGAGUAUCUACAGCCUGCCAUUGGUAUCGUGUUGGGCUUUAUAGGGACAAAGAUGAUCUUUGACUUUUUUGGUUAUCAUAUACCAACAGAAGCUUCGCUUGCUAUUGUAACUACCUGUCUUAGUGGAGGCGUCAUAUUAAGUCUUAGGAAAGCAUCAAAAGAGGAGGGGGACAAGUAG